CCUCCUCCCAGGCCGAGCCAAGCAAUCCUGCAUAGGCCCCAGGUUUCAAACAGCCAACUCAUGCAAUGAACACAGGACCCGGUCCCACUGCCUGGAUGCCUCCCAAACAGAUCAAGCCAAUCAACUGUCUCACCCAUUCAGAGGGCCUGAUCCAGUGGGGACCCCUCAGCCAUUGGUUCAUAGUUCAUGUGUUUCCAUUCAUUUGGCUAUUUGUCCCUGUGCUUUAUCCAACCUUGGUCUCAACCAUUCUCGCUCAUAUAAACCCUCCUCAUUUUCGCUAAUUGGACUCCCAGAGAUCCACCCAGGGCCUCGUCAUGGAUCUCUGCAUCAUCCAGAUCCCUCAGUAGUUGGAUGAGGUUUCUAGCACGACAAUUAUGGUGUUUGGCCAUCCCAUCACCAGAGUAGGUCAGUUCGGGAUGUAUCUCGUCCAUUGCCAGCAGUCUGUUGUGUGGGUAUCUUUGUGGAUUUCUGUGGGCCUCUCUAGCACUUUGCUUCUUCCUAUUCUCGUGUGGUCUUCAUUUACCAUGGUCUCCUAUUCCUUGUUCUCCCUCUCUGUUGUUGAUCCAGCUGGGAUCUCCCGCUCCCCCAAGCUCUCUUUCCCUCGACCCUCGCCUUUCAUUACCCCCACUCAUGUCCAGGCUGUUCAUGUAGAUCUCAUUCCAUUUCUCUGUCAUUGGGCGAUCCCCGUGUCUUUCUUGGGGUCCUGUUUUCCAGGUAGCCUCCCUGGUGAUGUGAGUAGCAGACAAGUCAUCCUUGUUCCACAUCUACUAUCCUGCUAUGAGUGAGUACAUACCAUGUUUGUCUUUCUGAGUCUGGGUUACCUCACUCAGGAUGAUUUUUUCUAGAUCCAUCCAUUUGUCUGCAAACCUCAUGAUGUCAUUGUUUUUCUCUGCUGAGUAGUAUUCCAUUGUGUAUAUGUACCACAUUUUGUUUAUCCAUUCUUCAGUUGAAGGGCAUCUAGGUUGUUUCCAUGUUCUGGCUAUUACAAACAAUGCUGACAUGAACAUAGCUGAACAAGUGCUCUUAUGGUGUGAUUGAGCAUUCCUUGGGUUGUCAGAAUGGCUAAGAUCAAAAACACUGAAGACACCUUAUGCUGGAGAGGAUGUGGAGCUAGGGGAACUCUCCUCCACUGCUGGUGGGAAUGCAAGCUUGUACAACCACUUUGGAAAUCAAUAUGUUGCUUUCUUAGAAAAUUGGGAAUCCAUCUCCCCCAAGAUCCAGCUAUACCUAAUAGUAAUCUUAACUAUGCAAUCCAGCUCAACUUCAGGGGAAUGAGAAAAUUACAAACCCAAAGCAAAGCAGCGGGACUCAAGGACAAUAAGAUAUUAAUGCAGAAGGAUGGGUGCCACAGUUGGAUGGGUGUCCUAGGAGCUGCAGAUGGGAGGGUCUGGUGUUUAAGGUGUAUGUCAGUCGGAACUGUCACAGCUGUCCCAUAGUUGGCAGUGGUGAGCUUCUUGCUGAACUUGCUCUUCUUGGACCCAAGGUGCUCAUGGCUUCAACAAUGCUCGUGUCUUCUUUAGCAUUCCCAAGGACCAUGUGUUUGCCACAAAAACACUGAGUCUCUGCAGUGCAGAUGAAAACUGGAAAUUGUUUGUCUUGGUUCAUCAUUUGCCAUGGACAAAAUACCAGGACCUGAACGUUCAGGAUGACAUUCGCAUCCUUAAAUUUCACCCCAUGGAUUUACUUCAAAUGAGUGACUAUGGCACAUAAUGUCACCACCCAGACAUGAAUCCUGGAAUAAUUCAGUUUAAGGAGAAACACUCGUAACCAAAUACUUCCUUUCAAAUGCUCAGAGCAGCAAAGUUUUCUUCUACCUUGUGAACUUUGCAAAUAGCUAGAGGAAGACUCAGCUGAAGGGUGGCUGUCUAUACUGAGGUUGAAGACCACUGUGGACUUGAGCAUAGAUCUGGUGGCCACAGGGCACAUGGGCAAUCUGCAAAUGAUCUUUUUUAAAAAGUUAACAGAGAGGCACUGUUCACCAAAGGAUGGAAACUGAUGCAAACUCACAGCCAAAUACUAGAAGGAGUUCAGUGAAUCCUAGAGAACAGGAGGAGAAAGGAUUGUAGGAGCCAGAGGGGUCAAGGACACCACAAGAAGACUAACAGAAUCAACUAACCUGUAUCCAAUUAGUUCUUGGUUUCCCAGGCUAUCCCACGUGCAUUCAGUCCUCAAGUCCCCGCCCAUCAAGUUUCUUGCUCACAAGAUACAGGUUUUAAAAGGAGCUGCACCAUUAGAGCACUCACAUGAUGCAGAGUGCUGGGUGGCUUCCAUUUUAAAUCCCCGUGGCCAAUCAACAAUGUGCAGGCCUUUGAAAGAUUCCCAGCGCCUUGUUUGAAUUCAAGGGGGAGCAGAGCAAGUUUAGGAGCAUGAAGGCAACAGCCAAAGCUGGAAAGCUGGCUCCAGCACCAGCUGACCUCUGGAAAGCCAGAGUCCAGGAAGAUGCAGGUCCCAGUGCCCCAGUGGCCGCCCCACUGUUGAAAAAGAUUCCAGAGGUCUUAGUGGACAAAGGCAGCAGGCGCCUUUAUGUAAGGGGACGCUUUCUGAGUAAAGUAGGCUUUGUGAAAUGCUUUGAGAUCUCAGACCAAAACACAAAGGAGGUGUUCGCAGCCAAGAUCGUGCCUAAGUCUUUGCUCACACCCUCCCAGAAGGAGAAGCUGUCCAAAGAGAUUUCCAUUCACCGCAGCCUCUCACAUCAACAUGUCGUAGGCUUCCACAGCAUUUUCGAAGACAGCGAAUUUGUGUUUGUGAUUUUGGAGCUUUGUCGGGAGAGGUCCCUCCUGGAGCUGCACAAGAGGAGGAAAGCCCUGACCCAUCUGGAAGUGCGCUGCUACCUAAGGCAGAUAAUCCUGGGCUGCCAGUACCUGCACCACAAUCAGGUCAUUCACAGGAACCUUAGGUUGAGCAACAUCUUCCUGAACGAGGAUCUGGAGGUGAAAAUAGGGGGUUUCGGGCUGGCAACCAAAGUGGAAUAUGAAGAGGAACAAAUGAAGACCUUUUGUAGCCCCCAAAACUUCACAGCUCUCGAAGCGGUGAGACUGGGAAGUUUUGAGGAGGAUGUAUGGUCCAUCGGGUGCAUCAUGUACACCUUGCUAGUGGGCAAGCCACCUUUUGAGACCUCAUUCGAAAAAGAAACCUACCUCCGGAUGAAACCAAAUGAAUACAGUGUUCCCAAGCACAUCAAUCCCAUUGCUGCCUCCCUCAUCCAGAAGAUGCUUCAGGCAAAACCCGCUGCCCGCCCCACCAUUGAGGAGUUGCUCAAAGAUGAGUUCUUCACUUCUGGCUAUAUCCCUGCCCAUCUGCCCAUCACCUGCCUCACCAUCCCACCAAGGUUGUCAGUAGGUCCCAGUGGCCUGGACCCCAGCAGCAGGAAGUCUCUCAUGGUCCUCGAGAAAGGUGUAGAGAGACCCUUGCCUGACCUUCCCUGGGAAAAGGAGGAGCCAGUGGUUUGGGGGACAGGUGAGGCCAUCGAGUGGCACCUCAGUGACAUGCUGCAGCAGCUGACCAGGGUCAAUGCCUCCAAGCCCUCAGAGCGAAGGCUGGUGCGGCAAGAGGAGGCUGAGGAUCCUGCAUGCAUCCCCAUCUUCUGGGUCAGCCAGUGGGUAGACCAGUCAAUGAAGUAUGGACUUGGGUAUCAGCUCUGUGAUAACAGUACAGGGGCACUCUUUAAUGACUCAACAUGCUUCGUCCUCUACAAUGAUGGCGACAGCCUCCAGUACAUAGACCAUGAUGGGAUGGAGUCUUACCCCACCAUGAGCUCCCACCCUGACUCCUUGAUGAAGAAGAUCACUCUCCUCCAGCAUUUCCGAAGUUACAUGAAUGAACACCUGCAGAAGGCGGGGGCCAACAACUCGGAGGCGGGGGCCAACACCACACCCCGGGAAGGUGAUGAGCUGGCCCGGCUGCCCUACCUGAAAAAAUGGCUCCGCACAAGCCGAGCCGUUGUCCUGCACCUCAGCAACGGCACUAUACAGAUUAAUUUUUUCCAGGACCACACCAAACUUAUUCUGUGCCCCAUGAUGGCAGCUGUGACCUGCAUCAAGAACCAGGACUUCCACACAUCCUGCUUGAGCCUUCUGGAGGAAUAUGGCUGCUGCGAGGAACUGGGUAGACAGCUAUGCUAUGCCCACACCAUGCUAGACAGGCUGCUGAGCUCAAAGUCUCCCAACAGCAGACUCCAGGACAACUCCUAGGCCUCCGUCCUUUGGGCUGGUGCCCCUUCACUCUGCAAGCUCUGCCUGGGGCUGCAUUGCUGGACUUCUGGGACUGCUGUUCAGUAGCCCUAUCCAUGGGGCUGGGUGGGGAAGGGGCUGCUAUGUAAGUUAUUUUUGUAUAUGUUUGGAUCUGAGUUUAUAACCUCUUCCCCUGCCCUCAGUCUACUGUGUAACUUGUAUAGAUGUAUUUCUAUUGAGUUU